AUGUCUGGCUUUGGCAGCACCGGCUUCGGUGGCUUUGGCUCCACCAACAACCAGCAGUCGACUGGUUUUGGAGGAUUUGGGGCCAAUAACAACUCGGGCACCGCCAGUACCGGCUUCGGCUCUGGCAACACAGCAAACAAUGCCUUUGGGCCCGCCAGUAACACCAGUACUGGCGGCGGCUUGUUUGGUGCCGGCGGCAACACAACCAGUGCAUUUGGCGGCACGUCAUCGGGCGGCUUUGGAUCCAACACCGGCACAGCUUUCGGGGCUGCGAAACCUGCCUUUGGUGCCACCCCGUCCACCGGAGGCGGCCUCUUUGGUGCCUCGAACACUUCCAACAAUACAGCUACGCCGUCCACCUUUGGCGGCUUCGGUGCCAACACAACAAACACCUCAUCCCCGUUUGGAGGAGCCUCUUCUGGCGGAGGACUGUUUGGCGGUGCCAGCAAACCCGCUUUUGGCUCUACCACCAACGCCAGCACUCCUGGUACCACAUCGUUAUUUGGUGCUGGAAACACCUCAGGCGGCUUUGGCAGUACCACCACCGCCGCCGGUGGUGGCUUCGGUGCAUCGAUGAACCCCGGCAUCGGUUCCAAUGUCGGUGACCCGCCAGGUACCGCACUCACUCCUUUCCAAGCACACCAAGAGAAGGAAACUACGGGAGCAGGCAACCAGUCGAACUCUUUCCAAAACAUUUUAUUCCAGGAGCCGUACAAGAAGUGGUCGUCCGAGGAACUGAGACUGGCUGACUAUGCACAAGGACGCCGUCACGGCAAUGCUAGUGGUACAGGUGCUUUCGGCGUUUCCAACUUCGGCAGUGGUGGGUUCGGCUCGACAACUAACCAGCAAUCCUCGGGCUUCGGAACGGGCGCAUCCGCCGGAGGUGGCCUUUUUGGAGGUGGAAGCAACACCGCCAACACAUCAACGACCAGCGGUUUCGGCGGUGGCUCUACGGGAGCAUUCGGUUCUGGCGGUGGUGGUCUUUUCGGAAACAGUGCUGCUAAGCCGGCUACCGGAGGCCUUUUUGGCAGUGGCACUACAGCCACGUCGCAGCCCGCCCAGUCCGGCGGGCUCUUCGGCGGCGGGGCAAGUACCGGAAGCGGCUUCGGAACUACGGGCACGACUGGCGGGUUUGGCUCCACAAACGCAAACACAGGUGGCGGUCUUUUCGGCUCGAACACCAACAACACAACCCAGAACAAACCGACAGGCUUCAGUUUUGGGAACACCGGAGGCGGCACUACCGGUGGUUUUGGAAGCACCACAAACAGUGGCUUCGGGGCGAAUAGUAACACUACCAAUAACACCGGCUCCACCGGUGGUCUGUUCGGCAACGCUGGCCAAUCCGCGGGUGGUGGGCUUUUCGGGAAUAACCAGUCGCAGCCCCAACAGCAAAACACGGGCUCUGCAUUCGGUGGAGGUGGAGUCUUCGGCGCACAGCCUCAGCAGGCGAGCGGCGGGCUUUUCGGAAACAACCAGCAGAAGCCGGCAGCGGGUGGCGGUCUUUUUGGAGGUGGCGGAGCGUCAAGUACUGGAGGAGGUCUGUUUGGAGGUGGGAGCACUACCUCAAACACGUUUGGUACUACCAACACAAAUAACACCACCGGCGGUGGACUCUUUGGAGCAAAGCCAGCAGCCACUGGCGGCGGUCUCUUCGGAUCUAACACGACUGGCCAGAACACAAACAGUGGAGGUGGCCUUUUCGGCGGCAGCUUGGGCGCAAACAAUCAGCAGCAGCAGCAACAACAACAAACCGGACAGUCAUCACUAUUCGGCGGUGGACAAAAUCAGACGAAGCCAGGCGGGCUUUUUGGCUCAGCUCAGCCUGCGGGCGGCAGCUUGUUUGGAGGUCAGAACACGCAGCAGCAGAGCUCCUUGUUUGGAAACAACAACCAGCAGCAGCAGCAGCAGCCCCAGAAUUCAUUCCUCGGAGGCUCGCUCCUGGGCAACUCCCAAGGUGUCAAUUCCGGUCCACAGUCUCUCACGGCCAGUAUCAACGAUGUGUCUGCGUACGGCUCGCCCUCCUUGUUUUCCAACCUCGGAGGAUCCGAGACGCCAAACCCAGGCCCACUUGCUACACCUCUUUCUAGCAAAUCCAAGCCUAGACGCAGCUCCAUUCUACCCAUGUACAAGCUGAAUCCUGCGUCGGCCGCUCGAUAUGCGACGCCUCAGAAGAGGGGUUUCGGAUUCUCUUACAGCACCUACGGUACUCCUGGUGCCAGCCCUUCAAGCGCAGCAAGUACUCCCGGCGGUACUAGCCGGAGUCUGCUCGGCUCCUCGUCCAUGAACCGAAGCUUGAGCAAAAGCGUGUCAACCAGCAACCUAAGGAGAAGCUUUAAUACCGAGGACAGCAUCCUUGCCCCCGGUGCUUUCUCGGCCAGCUCUGGACCUCGUUACUACGGUCAGAAUGGCAGUGUGAAGAAACUGAUCAUUAACAAGGACAUGCGGAGCGAUCUGUUCUCGACCCCUACGAAGGAGAAGCCCUCUUCCGACCAUGCCAAUAGCUCUCGUAAGUUGUCCAAGAGAGUCAGUUUUGACACGAGCACGAUGGAUGCCUCCGAAGGUAGCAACGAAAAUGACACCACGUCUACCCAUCGAGGUGAUGCGGUUACACAGAAGGCAGCGCCCGCCGGUGUCAGUGUCAACGGAACCACAUCAGCAGCCGGAACACCCGAAGGCUCGGACCCAAGCAAGGGCAAGGAGCUUGCCAUAGUCCAUGAGGAGGAUGCGUCCUCACAGCCUCCCGGAGACCAUAAGGAAGGUUUCGAUGCAGCCCCUGGCGCCUACUGGAUGAGCCCCACCAAGGAGGUGCUUGCUUCCAUGAAUAGAGUGCAGCGCCAGGCAGUCACAGGCUUUACAGUGGGCAGGGACAACGUUGGCAGUGUGCAAUUCAAAGUACCUGUUGACCUUACAAACAUCGACCUGGAUGAGAUUUUUGGAGGCAUCGUUAUCUUGGAAACCCGCUCGGCGACUGUCUAUCCCAUCGCAGCCAAAAAGCCUCCUGUGGGUAAGGGCUUGAACGUUCCAGCUACCAUUUCUUUGGAGCAGUCUUGGCCGCGUGGCAGAGACAAGCGGCCCAGCAACGACGCCAAACGCUUCCACAAGCACGUGGAGCGCCUCAAGCGCAUUGAGAACACAACGUUUGAGAGCUACGAUACUGAAACUGGCAUUUGGAAGUUCUCGGUUGAACAUUUCACUACGUAUGGUUUGGAUUACGACGAGGACGAGGAUGAGGCUGAGCAACAUGCCGACGAGCCGUCCCGCGACGAUGCAUCUUUCAGCAAUGUCUCCCAACAGGACUCGGACGAUUCCGAGUCUAGCCCACAGGAAGAUGACACAUUCGAUUUUCGCAGGAGCAAGCGUCGCGCUCUCCCUGGUGCGUUCGAUUAUCGGGACGAAGACUUUGACGAGGUUGAAGACACGCAACGACCUGCCCAGCGUCAGUCUUUUUUAGGGGAUAGCUUCGCGGGUUCGACGUCCAAUGCGCUAAUUCUGUCGACGGAAGAGGAGGCAGACGACCAGGACAUCGGAUAUGGCAUGUCUGAGGAUGAGGACACGGCGGGAACCCCCCUCAGACGCCAUCUAGCCGCGGAGCAGAGAAGCGAAUCGCCAGAGAGUGAUGCUGCAGCCCCAGUACUCGAAACACCGGGUGGCAUUCUCAGAGCUAGAAUGCGGGCACUGAAGGGCUCGGCUACUCCAAUGAGACUUCAGGUCGCAGGAGGAGACGAGUGGAUGGAUAUGCUCCAACGCUCUGUUAGUCCUCAGAAGAGAGACAGAGCAUUGCUCCGGAGUGUGAACGAGGCAGCAUUGCGACCGGCUGUCGAGGAAGUUGAGGCAACAGAACAGAAAAGCCGAGUUGUGUCUGACGGACGCGGGUUUGCUACAAGCAUCGACCUGAUGAACUCGCUAUUUGAGAAGGCCAAGGCUCCCGCCCCGCCUGCACCUGCGCCUUCGAGAGGAUUCGUUCAGUGGCCCUAUGAACGACAAAAUAAGUCCUUCGUUGACCAGUCCGACAUGAGUGACGCCGACCGCUCCUUUUACAACUCAAUGCGGCCCAGCUGGGGACCCGACGGAACUCUGAUUUUUGCCUCCAGGCGCUCAUCUCUCGAGGGCGCUGGCAGACAAAACAUGGCCGACAGCCUCAUGAUCACCAAGAAUGUCAUCCAAGCUCAGGGUCGCAACAUACAAUCAGCCAAGUUUUCCAAUGAGUCGUCCGCAAAAACACUUGAGAACCAGAUCCAGAUGACCCGGGUUGAGCUCGCCGGGGGCAUUCCGGAGCUGUUGUUACACCCCACGACGCUCAAGUCCCUUUUUCACGAUCAGGACGUCAGCAAUCCUAGCAACAUGCACGAAAAGCUCGUCUGGGAGCUUGCAAGUAUUCUCUUUGACACAGUUGGAACCGUCAACAGAUCUGCCGAAGCUCAGUCCCGCAGAAACAACCUGUCCCAGUUUUGGGCGGCGCUCGUCGACUCUGCAUCGUCGCGAUCCAUUGCCCUCGCCAGAUCGGGCGAAGAAAAGGCGAUUGCUGCCUUGUCUGGUCACCGUAUUCAAGACGCCUGCAAAUAUCUUAUCGACGGCAAGAACUUCCGCCUUGCCACCUUGGUAUCUCUGAUUGGGAGCAACGAUGAGUCAAAGAAGGACGUGCGCGAGCAGCUAAGCGAAUGGCAAGACGCCAACUUCUUGUCUGAGUUUUCCGAUCCUAUCCGAGCAAUAUACGAACUUCUCAGUGGCAACUCUUGCGUUUGCGAGGGGAAGAAGGGCGUUCCUCUCGAAGACCGUAUUGAGUCUUUUGUCAUCUCCAAGCGGUUUGGUCUGGACUGGAAACAGGCCUUCGGCCUUCGUCUCUGGUACUCCAUCUCGCGCGAAGAUGAUAUUUCUGCCGCUGUUCGUAUAUUCCAGGAUGACGUUGCCCAAGAUAGAGAGCAGCGGCCGCAAACAUGGUUUAUCGAGCAAGGCAUUCCGGCGCUUUGGCAGGAUCAGGAUCAGGAUCAGCGCGAGGACCUCUUGUGGGGUCUUCUCAAACUUUACGCAGACGAGCAAGCCGAUUUGGAGGCUGUGUUGCGUCCAGAAAAUAGCCAGCUGUCGCCUUUCAACGUCCGUCUCAGCUGGCAACUCAGCCGCGCCCUGCUCUCUACCAAUAAGGUCUCUUAUGGUCCUGACGCAACUGAAAAGGCCGAUGCCUUGACCAUCUCUUUCGCCGAUCAGUUGAUUAACGAAGGAAGCUGGCUCGAAGCUACGUUUGUCUUGUUGCACCUUAGCCAGCCCGAAAUGAGGGCCAAGGCUGUACAGGACAAUCUCUGCCGCCAUGCCGGUCUUCUGGGGCCCGAAACCGGUAUCAACUUUAUAACUCUUACCAAAACCCUGAAAAUCCCGGCGGCAUGGAUCUGGGAGGCUCAGGCUCUCUACAUGAGGGCCGUGAAGAAGGAUUCUUCCGCUGAGGUUCAGUGUCUGCUCCGGGCUGGGUCGUACCCAGAGGCCCACGACGUCUUCGUGCACAAGGUGGCACCGUCUGCCGUCAUCAGUCGCGACUACGACGAGCUGACAGCGAUCCUAUCUCGCUUCGAAGGCCACGACGACGACAUCGCAGGCUGGACUCUUGGCGGUGAGGUUUACAAGGCGUUCCUUGAACUGGUGAACCGCCGGAGACAACGACAACAAGCUCUUUCUCCCGUGCUCGAAAAGCUGGUUGCAGGUUUACCUGCCAUGCGUGAAAACGCCGAGAGUGCCAACAUCACGAGCUUGGCAGCUAUCUCUGAAAUGGGAUCGACCGUGGCCAAAGUGAUGGGAGAAGCGUCCAGGCAAGAGCAGGACGUUCCCCGGGUGUUGGGCCUUCCUCUCACAGAAGACGCUCACCUGAAGCAUUCGCUGCACCUGAGCCUUUGCUACUACCAAGGACUGAUGGCAGGAGGAACAUAA